UUAUUGUCGAAUACGAAAAUAUGAAAAAAUGAAGAUUGCUCGAGCCGUGAUUCCAGAAGAAAUUUUGUUAGAAAAAGACGGAAAUCUUGUCAUAAACAAAUAUACGAUCGGUUCAAGGAAAUAUUCCAUUGGAAUAAGUGAAGUGGAACGUCUUGCUGGUUAUAUAUCCAGACAGCAGAAGCAAUGCAUUGGUUUCUUAGUCACGACGAUUGGUUAUACCGAAGAAGCAAAAAAUGAAGCCUUCAAAAGUAAAGUUUCACUUUGUUUCAGAGAUAAUAUUUUGCAAAGAAUUAGAUACAGAGUGGUUCAUGAAACAAUCAAAGAACUUAAACGUAAAACGGAUAAUAAAUCAAAUGAUAGAUAG